AUGAUUAUUCCCCAGGCCAAGAACAACGACAGUAGCGACGGCUUGUGGGAUAUCCUAAUGAACAAAGAAAAUCAACAAGCUAACAAUAUAAUUCUGGUUCGACUUCGAUCGUGUUCCAUGGCAAAUCCUGAAUCGAACAAGACACCAAUGAAGAAGGUCUUUGAAUCGGACUGCCUACCUCGAUGGGGUACCGUCUCUGUUUGCGGACUCCGGCCUGAGAUGGAAGAUGUUGUCACCGCCGAGCCUCACUUCAUGAAAAUCCCAAGCAAAAUGUUAAUCGGCGACCAUGGAACAGACGGUGUAGGCGAGACAUUGAGCCACCUGACUUCCCAUUUCUUUGGGGUGUACGACGGUCACGGUGGGGAUCAGGUUGCGAAAUACUGCGGAGAACGCGUUCACUUAGCUCUUGCAGACGAGCUAAGGAAUGUGAUUGAGGAUUUUCAGGUGAAUGGGAACGACAUGGAGAGUUGGAAGGCACAAUGGGAGGAGGUCUUCAAGAGGUGCUUCACAACAGUCGACGACGAAGUUGGAGGGAAGGCCUGUAGGAUAACGUCUACUAGCACCUUCGGACCUGUCGCCCCUGAAACCGUUGGAUCGACUGCAGUAGUUGCAGUGCUUUGCUCAUCGCAUAUUAUAGUCGCCAACUGUGGGGAUUCGAGGGCUGUCCUUUAUCGUGGUAAAGAAGCCAUCCCACUUUCUGUCGAUCACAAGCCAAACCGUGAGGAUGAAAAUGCUCGGAUCGAGUCCUCCGGCGGCAUAGUCAUCGGGCAUCGUGUUUUCGGUAUUCUGGCAAUUUCAAGAUCCAUUGGUGACUGGUGCUUGAAGCCAUGGAUAAUUCCCGAACCCGAAGUGAUGAUUAUGGACCGAAGUAGAGAGGACGAGUGCCUCGUGAUGGCCAGUGACGGGUUGUGGGAUGUGCUGACAAAUGAGGAGGCGUGCGAGGUUGCACGUAAACGGCUCCUGGUAUGGCACAAGAAGAACGGGACUAAAUCAAAUGGGCAGAGGGGCCAAGCGGUCGACCCGGCUGCACAAGAAGCUGCUGAGUAUUUGGCCAACCUCGCUUUUCAGAGAGGUAGGGAGGAUAAUAUCUCGAUUGUUGUGGUCGAUCUGAAGGCGCAAAGGAAGUUUAAGAGCAAGGCCUAA